CUUAACGCAAAAUGUAUGCGGAACUCCACAUCCGAUGACUCCACGCACUCACGUUGCAGCUCUCAAGCGACUCAACACAAUCUUGAAGCACUACCGGUUAAAGGUGAUACCAAAUGACAUUCUGAAGACACUGCAACACACAGUGUAUGGAUCGCCAAAGAAGCGAUGGUGGAAGCCGUGGAAGAAGGGAGAGAACAAGUUUGAGAACGCACCUUCCUCUAUACUUAAAUCCCCCCAUGGUACGCUCUGUGGACUUCGCCUCUGUUUCGCGUGAUACAGGGGCGAAUCCGGUCAAUGCCAGGCGAUUACCUAUUAUAGUUCAUGAAUGCGUCAAGUUCAUUAGAACACAUGGACUUAAAACUACAGGCAUUUUUCGCGUCAACGGAUCCGAACGCCGUAUGGCGCAGCUUGCUGUUCAUUUUGAUUCCCCACCUACAUACGGCCUUGGAAGCUCAUUCGAAGGAUACACGGUAUACGACGUAGCAGAUUUUCUUAAAAAAUAUCUCCGAGGUGUACCUGAACCCCUGUUCACGACUGAAUUAUACCCACAAUUUCUAAAGUGUCUAGAUGUUCCCGCCGAAGGGGGCACCCGAAUUCGAGCCUUCCGGCUGUUAUUGCUACUUUUGCCCCCUACUCACCUAGUACUGUUGGAAACUUUACUGGAACUCUUUGGACUGAUAGUGCAGCAUUCAGCGGCGAACCAAAUGAGUGCUCACUCACUGGCUAGGAUUUUCUCCCCGAACGUCCUUCGUCCAAAGGGUCAAAAGCAACCACUCGAAGAAUAUGAACGAUGCUCCUGCGUGAUGGAACUCUUGAUUGAUCAUUGGGAUCACUUCAUUGUCACACCUUGUACGGUUCGACCCUUUCAAAUGCUCGACUUGACUUACGCUAGUGUGAGGGAGUUUUUGGGGAUCUCGAACUUGGACGGGUUUCCCGGGAUACCGCAAAUGUCAGGGCAAACGCUAAAUGAGAAUGGGUUUUCAACUACACCGUCAAUUGAAAAUGAAGAAGCGGAAAACUCGAUUGGCAAGGGUGCUGUCGAUAGCAAGCGGAUGGUGGCUGUUGACACUGCGCCAAAUAUACCUCUUGCGAAAGCCGUGGACUCAGAUUGUGAUUCGGGGAUAGUUUCAGAAUCUGGAACGGUAAACAUAACGCUGGUCCGAAGGGUUCGAACGGCUCCGACAAAGCGCACUCGAGGCGUCCCAGAGAACGUUACAGCAGACCCUAAGCAGAACGCGGUGCUGCGGAACAUUCCUGAAGACCGCUCGUCGGUUGUAGUAUUUCCUGGUCGGCCACCCAAAAAACUGCGAGGAAUAGGGUCAAUGACACAUCUUCGACGAAGGACGCUCGCGACCGACCCAUCUUCAUUAUUUGCAGAUCCGGGCGACGAUAGUAGCAACAAUCAGGCCCAGGAACUGGAGAUGCUCCGUAGAGCAAACGAGGAGCUAACAGCACACUUAGAGGCUGUUUUGUCUCAUAUUUAGUACACUCCGGGAGCGUAGAAUAUUCCUAGUAUCUUUUAUUUCUGUCAUAUUUGUUUACUUCUUAACGUGUAGUAUAGUGGUGAUGUAGAAAAAUGGGUAGGUGGAUGUGCAUCUGGAGCAGAGCCAUGCUUUGCGUGCAUAGAUCGCUAUGAUUGUUGCGACAAAAAUACAGCAUGUCAGAUUCUAUACAUAUCCGACGGGGG